AACUCCCGCCAGCUCAGUGUCAAUUGCGCACGCUGUGGGGCGGAACCAGCACGCAUUUCCAGACCUGCAGAAACCCGGCGCUGGCUUGCAGCGCUUGGUAGCGAACCGCCCCCUCACUAUUGCGGCUGCGCGUGGGCCAGGUACCGGGGCAGGGGGCGUGGCGCCGAAGACCCUGUAGUUUGCGCUGGCGCGGCGCGUUCCGGGACCGAUGGCGGCAGUGGACCUGGUCGCCGAGUUCCCCCAGCCCGCCGGUGCUGCGCGCUGGGCCGAGGUGAUGGCUCGGUUCGCCGCCAGGCUAGGCGCGCAGGGCCGACGGGUAGUGUUGGUCACGUCCGGCGGCACCAAGGUCCCCCUGGAAGCCCGGCCUGUGCGCUUCCUGGACAACUUCAGCAGCGGGCGGCGCGGUGCUACCUCGGCCGAAGCCUUCCUGGCCGCGGGCUAUGGGGUCCUGUUUCUGUACCGUGCUCGCUCUGCCUUCCCCUUUGCCCACCGCUUCCCGCCCCAGACCUGGCUGUCGGCUCUGCGGCCCUCCGGCCAAGCGGCUUCGGGCUUGCUGAGCUUGGAGGCAGAGGAGAAGGCACUCCCGGGCUUCGCUGCGGCUCUGCGGAGCUACCAGGAGGCUGAGGCUGCCGGCACCUUCCUGGCCAUAGAGUUCACCACUUUGGCAGACUAUUUGCAUCUACUGCAGGCUGCAGCCCAGGCGCUCAAUCCUCUAGGCUCUUCUGCGAUGUUUUACCUGGCUGCGGCCGUGUCAGAUUUCUAUGUUCCUGUGUCUGAAAUGCCUGAACACAAGAUCCAGUCAUCUGGGGGCCCACUGCAGAUAACAAUGAAGAUGGUGCCAAAAAUGCUUUCUCCUUUGGUUAAAGACUGGGCUCCCAAAGCAUUUAUAAUUUCCUUUAAGUUGGAGACUGACCCCUCCAUUGUAAUUGAUCGUGCACGGAAUGCUUUGGAAAUUUAUCGACAUCAAGUGGUGGUGGCUAAUAUCCUUGAUUCACGUCGGUCCUUUGUGGUUAUUAUAACCAAAGACUCAGAAACCAAGUUAUUGUUAUCAGAGGAAGAAGUAGGAAAAGGCAUAGAGAUAGAAGAGAAGAUAGUGGAUGAUCUUCUGUCUCGACAUACCGCUUUUAUACAUGACAAAAACUGAAGUAAAAAGCCUUUAUUUAUAGGAUCAAAAAUUGUUCAGUGGACCAGGGCUCUUACAGAUGGUGAGAACUAGAAUAAAUCCUUUGCUUUCUUAAAGACAGAAAAUGAAGGGGAAAAGCAGUGAGUGGUGUGCAGACGAAUAUUGCUUGGUGUUUGUCUUUUAAAGGUCUUUUAAUACUCAUAAAACAUGAAAACAAAGGUAAAGCAGUAUGACCAAACCACCUGACACACUCACCUGAAUGUUAUCUUGAUUUUGAAAAUGAUUCAAGUUGUUUCUCACCUAAAAAAAAAAGAGCUUAUUGGGAAUUAUAUUCCUCAAAAUAUACAUGUGGGGCCUGAAUAUCAAUCUUCUUCAUACUGUAAAAGGGAUUAUGGAUGCAUGAAUGGCCAUGCUUUGAAGAUCAAAUAUUUGUUCAUGCCUACUAUGUGAUAGGCCCUGAGGAUUUUGAGGAUUCAAGAGAUGAAUAAACAUGUCUAGUUUGGGAAAUGGAUAUAUAAAAAAUUAAGUACAAUAAAGUGUGUGCCCCAAAGCCAACACAA